UGUGGUUCUCGCCAAUCAAGGCUGUCCUCGUUCCGCUUUGCCGACUUAGUCUGGCGCUAGCCGGGUAGCUUUUCUCGGGGGCAGCGUCAGCCUAACGUGUGCGAAUCUGAGAAGCAGAGACAAGAGUAUAGAUCACGCUCCGUCCUCCGGGUGGAAGCUGCACUGGGCGGUUGAGGCCCGCCUGCGUCUGAAACCUCAUUGGGCGUGACUGCCCUGGUGAGAAGGAACCAACAUGUCAGGGUGGGAGUCUUAUUACAAAACCGAGGGCGAUGAAGAAGAAGAAGAACAAGACGAGAGCCUUGAAGCGGGUGGAGAAUAUAACUAUUCAGGAAGAGAUAGUUUGAUAUUUUUGGUUGAUGCCUCCAGGGCCAUGUUUGAAUCUCAGGAUGAAGAUGAAUUAACUCCUUUUGACAUGAGCAUCCAGUGUAUCCAAAGUGUGUAUAUCAGUAAGAUCAUAAGCAGUGAUCGAGAUCUCUUAGCAGUGGUGUUCUAUGGUACCAAGAAAGAGAAAAAUUCAGUGAAUUUUAAAAAUAUUUACGUCUUACAGGAGUUAGAUAAUCCAGGUGCUAAACGAAUUCUAGAACUUGACCAGUUUAAGGGACAGCAGGGAAAAAAACAUUUCCAAGACCUGAUAGGCCAUGGAUCUGACUACUCAUUAAGUGAAGUGCUGUGGGUCUGUGCCAACCUCUUUAGUGAUGUCCAGUUUAAGAUGAGUCAUAAGAGGAUCAUGCUGUUCACCAAUGAUGACAAUCCCCAUGGCGAUGACAGUGCCAAAGCCAGCCGGGCCAGGACCAAAGCUGGUGAUCUGCGUGAUACUGGUAUCUUCCUUGACUUGAUGCACCUGAAGAAACCUGGGGGCUUUGACAUUUCCUUGUUCUACCGAGAUAUCAUCAGCAUCGCAGAGGAUGAGGACCUUGGGGUUCACUUUGAGGAAUCGAGCAGGCUAGAAGACCUGUUGAGGAAGGUUCGCGCCAAGGAGAAUAAGAAGCGGGUGCUCUGCAGGUUAAAGUUUAAGCUCAGCAAAGAUAUAGCACUCACACUGGGCGUUUAUAAUCUGGUACAGAAAGCUGUCAAGCCUGCUCCAAUAAGACUCUAUCGGGAAACAAAUGAACCGGUGAAAAAUAAGACCCGGACAUUUAAUGUAAAUACAGGCAGUUUGCUUCUGCCUAGUGACACCAAGAGGUCUCAGAUGUAUGGUAGUCGUCAGAUUGUGCUAGAGAAAGAGGAAACAGAAGAGCUGAAGCGGUUUGAUGAACCAGGUUUGAUCCUUAUCGGUUUCAAGCCCUUGAUGAUGCUGAAAAAGCACCAUUACCUGAGGCCUUCCCUGUUCGUGUACCCCGAGGAGUCCUUGGUGAAUGGAAGCUCAACCCUGUUCAGUGCUCUACUCACCAAGUGUCUGGAGAAGGAGGUCCUAGCAGUGUGCAGAUAUACACCCCGCAAGAACGUCCCCCCUUAUUUUGUGGCUUUGGUGCCACAGGAAGAGGAGCUGGAUGACCAGAAAAUUCAAGUGACUCCUUCAGGCUUCCAGCUUGUUUUCCUACCAUAUGCUGAUGAUAAACGGAAAGUGCCCUUUCCUGAAAAGGUCACAGCAAACCCAGAGCAGGUGGACAAGAUGAAGGCGAUUGUUCAGAAGCUCCGCUUCAAAUACAGAAGUGACAGCUUCGAGAACCCAGUGCUGCAGCAGCACUUCAGGAACCUGGAGGCCUUAGCUUUGGAUUUGAUGGAGCCUGAACAAGCAGUAGAUCUGACAUUGCCCAAGGUUGAAGCAAUGAAUAAAAGACUGGGCUCCCUGGUGGAUGAGUUUAAGGAACUUGUCUACCCACCAGAUUAUAAUCCUGAGGAGAAAGUUACCAAGAAAAAACAAGAUGAAGGUCCUGGAAGCAAAAGGCCCAAGGUGGAGUUUUCUGAAGAGGAGCUUAAGGCCCACGUCAGCAAGGGCACACUGGGCAAGUUCACUGUACCAAUGCUGAAGGAGGCCUGCAGGGCAUAUGGGCUGAAGGGUGGGAUGAAGAAGCAGGAGCUGCUCAAUAUACUCACUAAGCACUUCCAGAAAGACUGACCAGAAACUGUACAUCCAGCCAUCCUUCCACACUGCAGCUAGGCUGCCUGUUUUUGUUUUUUUGCAGCAAGUUAUAUGUUUCUCCUAAGCCAGAGUCUCCCUGACAGAGCCAAGGGACUUAGGUUUAUGAGAGUUUCUGUUGUCAUGGAGACCAGGCAGCGCUCACUUUGCUGUGCCUUAUGCUACUCCCAAAUAAAAAGCCCUAACUUCAUACUAUACACUGUUCUUUACUGUAUAGUGAAGGAAAAGGGUAUGUCUGCCUUGCAUUGGCUAUUAGUAUAAUUUUCUAAUUGUGAACACACAUCUUCAUAAUGGAAACAAAACAUAUUGGUGGGGUUGGGGCAGUAUGGCAAGGACAGGUGACCAUAACUGCAGAAAUGAUAAGCCUAGGAGAAUUAUGUUCUCCCUGCUCUCUGGCCACCCAUUUUCCUUUAAAUGUUUCAUGUUAAGGUCUAAAACAGAUUUCAAAAGCAGUAAGAUUCUCCAAAAUAAACUUGUUUUUUAGAGACAAAGUCCUCCUCUCUUGCCCAGCCUAGGGUACAAUGGCACAAUUAUAGCUCACUAUAAACUUGAACUCCUGGGUUCAAGUGAUAUUCCCAUCUCAGCUAUUGAAUAGCUGGGACUAAAGGUUCACACUCCCAAACCCAGCUAGUUUUAAAAUUUUUAUUUAGAGACAGUGUCUUGGUAUGCUGCCCAGGCUGGUCUUGAACUCCUGGCAUCACAUGGUCCUUCAACGUCUGCACCCCAAGUGCUAUGGUUACAGACAUGUGCCACUGGCCCCAAAUAAAACAUUUAUGUACAAAAUUUUGCAAAAAACUUCUUGGGUAGCUAGAUAGGAGCAACUAGAUUUCCUCCUUGCUUGCAUGCCUGGGCUUAGGAAUUAUUCCUUCUCCACUUUGGGGGGAAUCUAUGUACUAGAAUGGCACACAAGUUCCUACUACUACUAACCUACUGUCAGUGGAAAACAAUCUAAGACAUUAUGUUCAAGUUAAAAAUGUUACAGAGCUAGAGUGAAAAGGAAGCAUGUGAGAGACCAGCUAGGAUAGACCCUAAAGUGAUACUUGAGACUAGAAUGAGAAGCAAGCCAGUGCAGCCAAUGAAUGCCAGACAUGAAGGAUGUGAACACUCAGCAAAGAUGAAACUUCCAGGCCCUAGUUUCCAUUUAGAUGGAGAUUGGAUUUCUGGAGCUUCCCUCCCUCCUAAAUCAAUUCAGUCUUUUGGAUUGUGAUUAAAAAAAUACAUAUACAGGCUCAGCGCCUGUAGCUCAAGUGGCUAAGGCGCCACCCACAUACACCAGAGCCUGGUGGGUUCAAAUCCAGCCCAGACCUGCCAAACAAUAACUACAAUAAAAA